AUGGGUGUCCCUUUUGAGGCCCUGCUUCCCUAUGGGAUUAUCAUGACCAUGUUUGGUGUGACUGGCUACGGUCUUCACUACGUCAAGCGCUUUGCCAACGACGGCAAGAAGGCGCGCUGGAACCGGGACCUGUGGGAUAGAUGA